CUUAAUUAUGCGCUGAGCAUUUCCACCGCCCUUUUUCCUUUCUACCGGGAGUUGCAAGGGGACGGGCGGAAGAAUAUGGCGGCGGGCUUCGACGAGCUAGUCGACUUUCUGCUGUCGGAGAUCGCCCUCUGCGGCAUCCAAGGAGCCGGCAGCGCAGACUUUCGCCGCUUUGUGCAAAAUUACUACGACGAAUUACGAAAGAAGCAGUCACCUGCGUCGACAAACCAGCGUGGCUCUUCUCGCCAGCCUGGUGAAUUAGGUCGCAAUUUCUACGAGGAGGUCUGGAAUUGGGUCAGCAACCACCCUGACAUACGCAUCUACCACCACGGAGAGGCGCGCAGAUUACCCCUGUCGGCAUUUGAGGCUCUCGAAUUGCAAGAGACGGGCGGCAAUGGAGCCGUAGCACGCAGCAACAACCCUCCCCAGCCAACGGUCGCUUCCACUGCGAACAGGCCAACGCGUCCAUCCAGCACACUUACUUCCUUUCGAAGCUUAUUGCGCCAGCGACUCCUGGCUGAAAACCGGAAUGGCGAUAGCGCACCCGCUCAACAAUCCAAAGGAUCCCCCCGUCCAAACCAGUUACAUAGCAUCGGAGAGCCGGUUCGUGCCAGCUCGGUUGCCCACGAACCCAACUACAUCGAGCCCGGAAUGCGUCGAGAGGGACGCGGUCCCCGGACAAUACCGAAGGGGAUUCGAGCAGCCGUGCCCAUAUUUGACCGGCCAUCCGACAAGAUCACUACCCCUAGGCUUUUUGCCAGCCAGAACCGCACUUGGCAGGCGAUUACAGGCCACUCGAUUGACUUGAAAAAGGUCCCUAGCAUGGAGUUUGUGCUUCUAUCCAUCAUCGCAACACGCGGCCCUGACGGUAUUGCUCAGCCUGAGUUGGUCGAGGUAGCUCAGCAGGACAAGCGAUCGGUGCCGAAGAGGACAGAUGAGCUUGCACGGAAGGGCUAUAUCGAGAAGAAACCAGUUCAAGUGGGGAGAUUGCGUACAAGCUUGCUGGUGCACAAGAAGUACAUCAAGGAGGACCACUUCACGAAGGAACCUCAGCGCAUUGAGGAUGUUUUCCGAAGCGGCAGAACUUUUGUUCUAUCCGGAUUCGUCCAUGUGCUUGCCCAAUUUCUGAAAGAAGUCGGUGUCAUUCCAAUGCGUGAUCUGAGAAGAAGGAUGGGCGUGUCAGUCCAGAAAUGGAACGGCCGGGCUGUGCGCGGCGCGAUCGUUCGCUUAGAGCAGACAGGAAUGCUCAAACGAGUACGGGCCCACAAGAAAGGAGCUCGUGAGAAUUGGCUCGUGUGCGUCAAGCUCCUCCGAGAGCCCAACGAUGAAGAUAUCAAGAACCUCAAGUUUAGGUCUCAGGUCGCCGAGGAAGAGCCAGCGGAAGAACCUCUUCUCGAGGAGGACGCUGAAGGCGAUGCUCUAAUGCGCGAUAUUGAACUAGAUAUGAUAAACGAAGUGGACUCAGAGAACGAAGACGGUCUGGAUGACAUCGAUCGCAUCCCACCGCAAUGGAAACCCGAUCGAAUGCUUGCGAACCUGCUGUUCGAUACUAUCGAUCUGACGGGUCAAGAUGGCGGAGACGCGGCGGCGCUGCGCAACAGGACCACGGGCAAGUUCUGGAAACGUCCCCUGGAGUCUCUCCUCUGCCGCUUGACAGACGACUGGGAGAAGAGCCAGCCCUUGCACCUCCGCCACCUCGCGGUUAUCCGAGAUACGGCGGUCACUGUCGAGAAGAAGUUCGUCCAUUACGUCUAUCGAACGCGCGGCAACUUCCAGAAAGCUGUCGACGCGGGCGAGGUGUCCUGGGAAGGCGUGAGCAAAGAAGCAGCAAAAAAGUCUUCCGGAGAGAAACGCGGCCGACCGAAGAACGAUGUUCAGGACAGCCUAACUCUUGAUGAAUGGGGUUUCUCGCCGCUCAAUGCGAAUGAUUUCCACCGUCGAUCUGGGCUGGCAACUCUGUCAGAUUGUCGAUCAGCGAUUGUGCACAGGGGGCGUCACGGUCAACAUUGGGACAAUGUCUUGACACAAGAGAUGGGUUACCAGAAGCCCAUGAAACCACAUUCCUCCCUUCACCCAAUCCAGCUACCAGCAGGUACCCCUCGGACGGUCAUCCUAAGUCAGGAAGAGUACAAAGCAGCCGAACUCAAGCGCUGGCAAGAUAAUGCAAACGGAGCAUUGCAGGGGAUGAGUGAAGUAGCGGUGGGAGCCCAGACCCCAGCAUCUAAUGCAGAUGGCGAUAACGAACUCCCCUCCUCCCUCCCAGAGGUCCCAUUUCAUAAACCAAGGCCAGCAGCAGCUCCAAUUCCCUUGCUCACUAUGGAACAAAGAGUAGCCUUAGGCUUACCUGUGAAAGGCCGAUUAAGUCAAGAUAUCGAGAAGCAGAUACGUGCUCACCGACGGAAAACGGGAGACCCGACGUCGUUGCCUGAUGUGAUCGUCACGAAAGAUAACCCUCGUGCUUCACAGCGACGAGUUGGUCCGGUGCUUCUCUCAAAAGAGGAGAGGUUAGCCCGCGGCUUGCCAGCAGUGGGUCGGCUAAGCAAAGCUGUCGAAGAUCAGAUUCGACAGGAGCGUGGUCUGGCUCCCAAGCAUGCUCGCCCGAGACAGCCCCGCAAUAAGAAUUCUAAGGAGGCCCCUUUGCUCACGAUAGAACAAAGGAUCACUAGGGGUUUACCGCCAAUCGGCCGUCUGCCGCAGAAGCUCGUUGACAAGCCUCGGCGCAAGCGUGAUAUAGGAGCCUCAUUGGAUACUGAAGAUACGGAGUUUGAUCCGGAUGACAACGAAGGGGAUACCACCAUGAAUGAAGACGCGCAGAGUGAUGCACGCCUGGAGCCGGAACCCGUUGAAUCAUCACCCUUCACUCCAUCAAGCCAACAGUUAGGCGAUGCGGCGCCUGACACUUCCGGCACGGCAGGAUCACCUCUUCGGCGUGCAAUUGUCCCGGAAAAGCGUAGAUUCAGCCAAAUAGACGAGUAUGUUCAGCAGCCUUCAAAGAGGAUGGCGGUUGAAUCCGGGUUACCGGAGAGAAACGGCAGCCCUGAAGAGACUCUAGACUUUCCUAGUAUACGUCUUCCAGCGAAGCGUACGUCAGAAGCCUCAAAUAUCGAUACGCCCCACAUCGCUAAAAAGCCUUGUACUCAUACCAAACCGUCACCACCGGCACCGGUUGCAGAGGGCUCCCGCAGCAUCCCGGUUCCUAUUGUGUCGCCGAAUGGGGAUGGAGCUGUUCUCAGCACCGAAGAACCAGUCGCCGCCUCAGGGUCCAAGCCUGGGCGGACUCGCGCACACGGACCGCCGCUCCUGGCAGACCCAGCACCUCAUGUUCCUAGCGAAUCGGAGAGCCGGGCCCGGCAGAUCGUAACGAUGUACAAGAACCGAACCGAACCUGGUAUCUAUAUCAACCCAUAUGCCACACGGUCCAGCGGGCGCGGUCGACCACGGAAGGCCUUCAUAGUGACAUUCAAGUCAGCACGUCUCCAAGGACUUGAAUGGUUCAGGCUCGAUCCCAGCAGUCCUCCCAUAACCCGUUCAAGCACCGCAACCCAUCCUGCUCAGAAUAGCACUUCUAUAAAUCCGUACAGUCCACAAACGACACGCCCCCUUUCUGCUAAGCCCAAUUCCGGCGCUCAAGGGAAGACUGUCUCACCUCCUAGCGGCAUCAUUCAUCAUGUCGAAUCAUCGCAAACCGAAGUGGAGACGUCCUCUGAAGGAUUGCCGAGGCCAGUCACACUGCAAGAACAGGGGAAAGAAAAGGUCUCGUCUCUAGAGGGGCAGAUGAGCAAAGCGAGCGCAGAAGUGCCACCAACACUGGACGUUCCAAUGACGCAGCAUGCUUCAAGUCCGCCGCAUCCCAUGGCUCCAGGCUGGAACGCAAUCAAUGCGCCUACCUUGGCUCCUUCAGCGUCAUACCAGAGCCCGUACGGCCCCUCAGUGCUUGCUCCAUCUUCACCUCAAUCGCCAGCACCUAGCGAAGGGGUUCGUGGCUUUGGAGAUGAUACUCCUGAUCUUAUGACGCUGCCCGGAACUCCUGCCGCGACCGAGGAAGCACGCGAUUCUUCUGCCGUUCCGGAAGUAAUCACGGUCGAGGACGAGUACCUCUCAAAGAAGCAAGGAGCUUUCACAUCACGUGGUGUCGUCCUUGGAAAAGGCAAUAUCUGGGGUCACCGUACCAGGAUCAUCAAUGACAUUCUUAAUCGCUGCAAUGGCGCCUUUCCGUUAAAUGGCGAGAUCAAUCCGCUCUUCGAGGCGCUCUGGGCUCAGACUGUUUCGAAGAAAACCCCUGUACCUGAGCGUUCUACCAUCGUAAACACGAUAAGGAACUUGAUCCAGGACCCUUCGCAGGGAUUGAAGAAGAUGACUUUCCAGAUCCAAGGCAUAACCGAUGGAUUGAUGGUGAAAAGGUUCAUACUCGCUAGAAAGCACCUUUCGCCUACUAGUCCGGAGGUCGUUCGAAUCCGAGACGGCAUGAUACAGUGCUAUCCAAACAAAUACUAUCCACCCGAGGUUCGCGAUCUUGUACAGAAAGAGCCAAAGGCUCCGCCAAAGCCUUUACCGGAAAUUGACGAGACAAUUCAGAUGGAUGAUCUAUAUCCUCCAGUCGAAAGGAGACUUCUGCAGCGUAUCAGGGCCGCGUUGCGGCGCAGGGAUGAGCAAUCUGAGAAGAAAAGCUUGAAAGUCGCUGAAGACCGAAAGGUGCAGAAUAUAGCCGCGGAGAUGGCACUACCAGAGCUACGCUCCGGCUCUCUUGGAGGUGCUCGAGCCAAGGGUAUGAGGCUUGCUAGCCUGAGCGAUGCGCGACAGCCGAGCCGCACCGACUUGGGUCAGCACCAUGCGCUUCACGUAGAUGAUGGGUCGGAAGAGGAAGAGGCCGAAAGGGCAAGCUCUCCCACACCUUCUGAUUCAUCCGAAGCUGUCCCUCCAUCAUCGCUCCACCCGCGAGUACCGAGGGGAAUUUCACCCGCGCUCUCUGAUUCCUCUGAAGACGUUCCGCUCUCGAUACUUCGCUCUACAGCAGCGGGUCCGUUAAGUGGCAAGAGGACCCACGACAAUGGACAUCAGUCAUCUGGAUCAGAACCGCUCUCUGAUCUUGGGGUAACAGAACGUCAAUCAUCUACUAAGGAUGCUUUCAAGGACGGAGCUCGUUUGCAAUCGUCCGAUCUAACGGCUCCUGCAGUUCGCUUCUACCCGAACAUUGGUGUAUUCUCGACGGAGCUCCGCCCCCUCGAAGACCAAAGCGGCGGUCCCGGUCCUAUCCCCAUCGCGGCCGCUGCGAAGGGUAGGAAGCGUGUCAGGAUUGUGGAACCGUCGACUGAAGGCCCUCGCAAGCGAACUCGACUCGAUGGACGAGAACCAGUCGCUGAGACGGGUGAUCUGUACGUCAACUCAGGCAGUGGAGAUACGGAAGAGAGCUAUGAGGAGACCAUCGUCCCCCCCAAACGCAAGUAUAUGCGUCACAAGUUUCCACAGCACCCCACGCCUACUCUGGUCGAACGCUUGACAGGUCUGACGGGGGAUCCGGGUGCCCCCAUCUACCAGCCUCCUACUAAAAAGCGGAAGACAUUCGCCUCCUGGGAGGAGCGAAAAGCGAAAGAUAGAGCACGUAUCCGCGACCGAAAAGACAACAAAAAAUACCCCGAGGUCCUAGAUCCAGUGGACAAAUUCAAGGAGUGGUGCUGUACGCUCGUUAUUGCUUCAAGCAUGUCUAGCGAUGACGGGAACGUGGACUGGAGCAUCGUGAGUAAAGUCUAUGGCGAAGAUCGGGCCUUCGAUCUCGAGAAGACGAAGAAGACGUGGUCAUGGGUGCAAGAAAACAUGGCGACGCAGCUCAGCACGCUGACAGAGUCGUUUCAAUCAGCGUUCCUUCAGGCAUAUGAGACGGGAAAGAUCGCUAGCAUUGAGGAGCCAGAAACCUACGAUUGGGCAAGUCUGGUCCAGUGGGCACUUCGACACUGCAAAUACCCCGAGCUGCCUCUACCACAGUCCCGUAAGGCUCUGCAAGACUUCGUGAUCGAUAUAUCGAGCUACGAGGUUCUGGACCGGCCUGUCUGGUACCGGGAUAGCCUGGCCGCCAACGGCAGAGCUAAGCGCUUGCUGAAUUACGCCUUUGCGGCGCCCCUCCACCAGUCUGACAAUUUGACAACGCCAGCCGAGGACAGCGUGGUUAAAGCUCGGUCCUGGAUCCGGGCGAAUACGGCGACGCCGCAGCUUCUCUACAAUGGAAAGAUGGCACACGACAAACUACGCACACUCGGUGAUCCGGUCCUUGAACGUGCCGUGACCGACUUCGUGCAUGCCAGCUUCCUUCGCAUGAGGAAGAUCAAGCGCCUCCUCCCUGGUCGCAACUACAAUUUCACCGCAACGUCCGCGAAGCACUACCGGCGCGCUUUCGAACUGAAAGACUUCAUGGCUGCGGUCAAGCUCAAGAAGGAUCUCGACACUGCUUUUGCGGAUGAUGACCCUGAGAAGCGGGCCUUCAAUAUUUCGCGCACCACCCAGGAUGGUGCUGUCAUGGCGGUCCUCUCCCUUGUCGGCGACGGCAGGAUCAAACUCAUCCCUAAAUUACCACCCGUCAACAACGAAUUUGAUGCUUCACUUCCACGAUUGUCCGUCUGGGGUUUCUGCGAGGGUGACUACAUCCAUCGUACCAUCGACCGCCAGCGUCUCUUCUGGCCAAUCCAUGCCGUGCCAACUUCAGACUAUGAGUUCGGCAACCCACUCCAACCCGCCCCUUUCCCACUCGCUCCCAAGGAAACCGGCGAGCCAGCCGACUGGCCCCGCUUGCCCGAUCCUCCCCUGCCAGGCCGCCACAAUCCCGACGCCCCCCUUCCCAUCUGGAGCAACGUCAACGGGCAAACCGUCACCUGGCCUUGGUGGAACCGCAUCCUAAACCUCGUCCUGCAAGCCCUAAUGUUCCAGCCCGGCACCUCGGCGCCCGAAAUCUUCCGCCACUGCCCCAAGCACACGACCGAGCUCUUCGAAAUCGAGCUUGUGCUCGAGUGGCUCGAGCAAGUCAAAGCCGUGAAGCAGACGCCACAUGGCACGUAUGAAGUGCAGCCAGGCUUUUGGGCGGCCUUUGGCGAUUCCCUUAUCGACGAAGAGAAUGACUGGUUCGGCGAGCAUGUCAAGCGCAAGAGGACAAAUACGACUAAGUUGGCGUGGCGCGACGAGUACAAUUUCCGCUUUUCGACGCUGCAGGCGGGGCAGAACCAGGGGCCGAGAGAGAAUGUCGACAGCGAUUCCGAGGGCGAAGAGGUGCAGGGCGGAGAGAAGACUCUUCAAGAGAGGAUUCUAGAGAAUUCGCGCGCACAGUACAGAGUCACGAGGGAAGCUCUUAUGCCGUUGCCGCACACUCAACACGAUAUGGAUUCACCUGCGUCUCGGGUUACGUCCGCUCGGUACGCAGUGGCGGCACCAAGGACUCAAGGACCACCUCCACCGCAUGAGAUGCCGAUCGAUCCCCAGCUCGAAGCCAGCCCAGCGGCUCGGGACGUCGUCAUGACCGAUGCGCAGGAUAUCGACGCGGAAGGCGAGGAUGUGGACGCGGAGGGAGAACCGGAUGACGAACUGCUCUGAGUAGGGAGUAUGAGUGAGCUACGAUUCAUGAGGAGGAUAGAUGGGGAUCUCCAGAUGAGGAAAAAGUUAUGCGGCUUUCGCCAUUUUAUGUGUAUUAUAUGCAUUGCAUUUCCCUGGCGCAUCCUGGUGGAUGGAGGCGACUCUGGCUUUAUGGGAUGAUACCACAUGAGUUUUCGGGCAUUUCGGGUUAGUUCUGUAGAUAGGACACUACUAGGAAUGGAUAUUCAAG